AUGAGAAUUGACCAAAUUUGGAUUCUAACGCUGAUCAUCGAAUGUCGUCCGUCGACGGCCGACGCCGAUCUCGACGCCUCGCUUCUAUGGUUGAAGCCGAUUCGAACGAUGUUGUUCAACGACGUGUUUCUGAAGAUGGUCCACCAGCAUCUGCAAAUGGAAUUGUGGAGGCAUAUCGCCGACCAUCCGCAGUCGACGACGAUCCCACUGAGAUACGACGACGCGCCGGUGUUGCCGUGCAAUAAGAAGCAGGUGCCCGGCUCGUUAGCGGAGAUUUGCGCGAUAUGCGAGCCAAUCAUUCGCGACAGAAAUCGAAUAUUGAGCAAAAAGUCCGAAUUUCGGAAUGGACGCGAAUCGAGCGAAUCCACAUCCACCUACGUUUCGUUUGGCAUUCUAUUCGUCAUCCUCAUCGUUGCGAUCGGCUCGGCGGUGAAAUUGACAUUUGUCUUGCGCGACGAAUUGCACAAAUUGACGGUGGUGAAAGAGGAGCAGAAGGAGAAUGCGCGGCUCGAGAUGCUCGCCGAAGAGGCGAACGAUGAAAUUCAAUCGGGUCGCAGUUUUGCGAGGAAUCGAAAACGACAAUCAAAAAUGGAGAUCGACGAAGACGAAAAAUCGGAUCCGAACAUUGCGCACAAAAAAGUCGCCGUCGUCUCGAACAUCAGAAAUAAUGAUUUGAAACGCGCGAUGAAACCGUCGGCGUUCGUCGAACUCCAGAAGGUGUUCUAUGAUCCGACGCAAAACGAGGUGUUCGACAUUGGCACCGACGUCGAUUUGAUGGACGACGAGAUGGACGACGAGCCGACGGAGAAGAAGGACGGCACGAUGGAGAGCACGGUGGCGACGAUGGGCUCGCAACGGAAUCUGAAGAGCGCCAAAGCGAAUCAAACGGGAAAGAGGAAGAUGAAGAAGAAGAAGAAGAAGGAGGAGGAGAAGACGAAGAAUAGCAAAUCGAUAAUUAAUGAGCCGAAGACACGCGAUGAGAUGAUCCCGAGAGCCGGUUUUCUAUUCAUCGCCGUUGGGCUCAUCGGCGUCGUUGGUUCGAAUCCAAUUGAUAACGGUUUGGUCGAUUCGGAGCUCAUUCAUGAAUGCAUCACGCACAAAGCCGUCGAGGUGAUCGUGGUGCUCGACGCGAGCGGCUCAAUCGGCGGCGAAACAUUCAAAAACCAAUUGGAUUUCGUCAUGCAUCUCGCCUCGCGUCUCAACAUCUCCGAAGACGGCAGCCAUAUGGCGUUGAUCCAGUUCGCCGAGAAUCCGAAGCUCGAGUUCAGCCUCGGCCAAUUCAAUCAUCCGACGCAAUUGGAAUGGGCGAUUCAGCGCAUCGAGUACCAAUCGGGCGCCACCAACACCGGUCAGGCGCUGAGAUUGACGUUGGACAAAGGGCUGAGGGGCGCGCGAGCCGGUGUGCCGAAGGUGGCGAUAGUGAUCACCGACGGUCAGAGUCAGGACGACGUUUCCGAGCCGUCGCAACUUUUGCGCGACGCCGAUGUCAUGGUGUACGCCAUCGGCGUCACCAAUUUGGUGAAUGUGCACCAAUUGCACCAGAUGACCGGCAAUCCGGUGCGCGUGUUCACCGUUGAGACGUUCGAGCAACUCGACAAGGCGCUCGCCGACUCGCUAACAUGGAGCAUGUGCAAAACCGAAUUUCGUCCCGGCACGCCGGAAAUCAUUUGCGGUCCCGAUCGCAUCGGUGUGAAAGCGUCGACGAAGGAGCCGUUCGAGGGCAACGUGUUCGUGCAGGACCAUUUUCACGACGACGAAUGUCGAGCGGGUCCCGAGAAAUUUCCGGACUCGCGAAGCAUCGGGCUCACCGUGCCGUUUUCGGCGUGCAAUGUGCAUCGCUAUCGAUCGCUUAAUCCAAAAGGGAUUUUCGUCGAAGUCACGAUUGUCUUCAUGUUCCAUAGUCUGUUCAUGACGAAAACCGACCAAACCGUCAAAGUCCAAUGCUUCUACAUGGAAGCCGACAAGCACGUAACCGUUCCGUUAUCAGUGAGUAUGAUAACGACAGUGUUCCGCGAGCAAAUCUACCAAAUGCCGCAAUGCGCGUACACCCUUCGAAAAGGCAGCGCCGAUGGUCCGAUCGUGCGCUACGCGACACUCGGCGAAAGCGUCUACCAUCGAUGGGAGUGCAUUGAGGUCGAAGGCGUCGACAAGGACACGUUCGGAAUGUUGGUGCACUCGUGCUACGUCGACAAUGGAUUCGGCGAUCGUGUGGAGAUUCUCGACGCGAAUGGUUGUGGUCUCGACGCGGUGCUUCUCUCAACGCCUGAUUAUGAUACAAGCCUAAGGCUUGCGACCAAGCCCUAUCAUGUAUUCAAGUAUGCCGACAGGCCGGUCCUUCAAUUCCAAUGCCAGGUGACGCUGUGCCUGAAGUAUGAUGGAGGUUGUGAUGGUGUGACGCCGCCGAAGAAUUGUAAAAAGCUUCCCGGCGAGGAUGCCCAUCAUCAUCAUCAUCCUCACGAGCACAAACUGGUUCGCCGCCUUGCCGAUGGCGUUGGCACAAUCGACGUGUUCACAGAAUCGGUGACAAUUCUCGAACAGGAGCCGAUUUGUCGAGAUGAGUCCGCCGAGGUGCCGCAAACGUUGAUGCUCAUAUUCACGAUUGCCAAUGUGUUGGUGUCAGGCGCCACCAUCGCCAUUUGGGUGUUUGUCGUUCGCCGGCACACCAAAUCCAACUAA